GUGAUCACUUAACAUGUAAAUUCACUGUUUUUACAGUGGGAGGAGCCAUGUGUAUGUAAAUAUAAGGCAUACAGUCAGAACAUCACAGAACAGCUCAGACAGCAGCAGAACACAAUCCACAAAGAAGAAACCCAGCCCGUGAGCAAGAUGUUUCCAGUGUUGAUGUUACUCAUGGCAGCUCUUGUAGCUGCAGAUGAGACACUGAUGGAGCUCACAGGCCCAGUAGAGUCUGACAGUGACUCUGUCUCUGGUGUGCGCUGUGAUGCUGCUACUGCAUGUCCUGAUGGAACAACAUGCUGUCUGAAUCUUUACGGACAGUGGGGCUGCUGUGUGUACCCAAUGGGUCAUUGCUGCAAAGAUGGACGUCAUUGCUGUCCUCAUAGUUCUUACUGCGAUUCAACAUCAAGCUAUUGUGUGAGUGGGUGGUUGAGACUGCCAUCUUCUCCUCAGCUGGCCUCCAAAGCUAUCCAGAAAACUCAGGAUCUUGAAAGGCAGACCGAGACUGAGAUUGUUCACUGUGAGGGAAAUGUCUACUGCCCAGCUGAGAAGUUCUGCUGCAAGACUGCGACUGGCCAGUGGGGGUGCUGCAGCGGGUUGGUGUUGUAAGGAAACAACUCUCAUGACCUCGGUGAACUAUCAAGACUAUCAAAGUGACAGAGGCUUUCAACAUCCAAACUUAAUUCAUGUAUAAUCAUUAAUAGAAUUACAGUCAAACUGAUUUGCCAUUUAAUAAAUGAUUUGAGAAUGA